AUGGCACCUCCCUCCCCCCGAAGAUCUUCACGAGCCCGGGGCAACACCCUCACACAAUCGACUCAGUCCUCCUCUGCCUCGAGCCUCUCGAGCCGAGCGGAGAGGAAUACGAGAUCGCUCAUCAAGACGUCCUCCAACAAGUCCACUCCGACGAGCGCCUCGCUUUCUUCCGAACCCCUCGAUGAACCAGAAGAUUCUAUCCUCCCCCGCCGACGAACACGAGCACAAGAAGAGAUCCGCGACAAAAUUCAAGUAGACCCGUACGAAAUGGCCAACGACGGCGACGACAUCCAAGAGGAUGACGAGUCAGUCCGCUGCAUCUGCGGCUUUGACGAAUACCCAGGCCCUCCGCCCUUUGACGACGAUGUCAAGACCGGGAAAGAAAACCCAGAGGCCGAUUUCUUCGCCAGCAUUGAGUUGUCUGACGAGGUCUCCGGCCUCUUCGUUCAGUGCGACAUUUGCAAAGUGUGGCAGCACGGCGCUUGUGUCGGCAUCUUCACCGAGGAGAGCUCUCCCGACGAAUACUUUUGCGAGAAGUGCAGGAAAGAUCUGCACAAGAUUCAUAUUGCAUCCAACAGCCAACGAUAUUCAAACUACCUUCCCCUCGGUCGACAGUCCCGGUCCUCGUCGCGCGCAACUUCUGUCGCCAAGGAUGGCACCCGUUCUCCCAAAGACUCGUCGGCGAGAAGCGCUCGGGCGUCAUCGGCAGCACAAGCAGCCAAGCGGCGGUCGACCAUGAACAGCCGCGACGCCGGCUACGACGAAGAUGAGCAAUUGCGACGUGCGAUCGAAGCAAGCAGAGAGGAAGCACCUGACGGGCAACCUUCUGAUCUUGUGCCCCGAAGACUCAAGCGCGGGCGCAGCAACAGCCAGGAGUAUGUCCGAUCUCUGCCUGACAGCCGUACCAGCUCUCCGUCAAUGUCUCCGCCACCAGAGAGCAACUUUGCGAUCGAAGAUAACUCGGAAGAUGACAGCACAGGCCGAAACGGGACAGCAAAGAAACUGCGUGUCCUCGGGAAUCCGAAAGAAAGAACAGAACGCGAGGAGCGAGAUCGGCAGCGUCUUGAAAGCGCGAAUAAGAGGAAAGGCCGGGCCGACCGCCGACGUGCUGAUGGGAUCGGGGCACCCACACUCCCAACCGAACGUGAGGGGCACUCAACGGCCGAGUCGGAGCCUGCCGACGAUACGGCGGCGGUGCCAGCUCCGGCACGACCUGUCGUCAAGCCAAAUGUCGAGCCACCUCCGCCGCCGCCCGUCGAGCCAACACCGUCGGCAGCCCCGACCCCAGACCCGACACCUGCGCCUCCAGCACCCACCGGCAGUACGCACAAGAAAUCGAGUCGGAGCCAUCAGAAGCGGGCCAAAGGCAGAAACCAGUAUACGAAAGAGCGCGACGAUCCCGAGGCGUCGCCUGUCCGAUCCAUGUCGAGGGACACGGUCCGUCCAGAAGAACCUGCGGUCGGCGGCGGAACAACCAAGGCCUCGGGCGUCGACAGUGCCAGACAUACCGCCCGGAGCAAGGCCCAUCUUCACAGCAAAGCCUCGCUCCCUGAUAUGAAGCGGCGCGUGGCAGCCUUUCUCGACUUUAUCUCCAAGACGCAGAUCGAAAUGGCAGGCGAGUCGUCAUCCGGUUCUGGGAGCAGUCAAAACAACUCGGAGCAGCAUAGUCCCCGCGAUGCCGUCGGCAGCGCCACCGAGACGCACGCGAACGGGGUCUCUGCGACCGAGUCCAAGGUGGCUCAACAUGCGGAUGGAGAUUCGGCAGCGCCUGCUGAAGGACAGGACUUUAAGGAACUCAGCUGCGUGGAGAUGAUGGAUGUUUUGACGCGCGAUCUCGUCAAAUGGCAAAACCAGUAUGCGAACUAG